UGUCACGCUGCCCUUUCCUUCGCCUGUGUGAGUGUGUAUAUGUGUGUUGACGUGUGUGUGCUCGAGAAAGAGAGUUCUCGGAGCAUCUAGUCCUCGGAUGGAAAGGCUGGGCGGCUGAGCGAGCGCUUUCUCUGAGAGUGGGGUAAAGGCAGCAGCAGGAGCCGCCGCGGCAGCCACAGGGAGACCUGGGAGCCAGCUGCUGACCCCCGCUCGGUUCCCACCACCUGUGAGCUAGGAAGACCCCGAGAGCGUGGACUGGAGGGCGCGCACAGCCCAUCACCUUUCCAGCAGCCUCCCAUAAACCCCUCUGCGUCCCAGGGAGCUCACCGAAGCCAUGGAGCAUCCCCACAAAGACGGGGAGACAGCGGCAGCGGCCACGGUGGCGGCCGCAACAGCUGCAGCGGCGGACCCCCGGGGAACAUCGUCGUCCAGUGGGGUAGUGGUGCAGGUGCGGGAGAAGAAGGGCCCCCUACGUGCAGCGAUUCCUUACAUGCCAUUCCCCGUGGCAGUCAUCUGCUUGUUCCUCAACACUUUCGUGCCGGGACUGGGUACUUUUGUCUCUGCCUUCACUGUGCUGUGUGGAGCCCGGACUGAUCUUCCAGACAGGCACAUGUGCUGUGUCUUCUGGUUGAACAUUGCUGCAGCGCUCAUUCAGAUCCUGACGGCCAUCGUGAUGGUGGGCUGGAUCAUGAGUAUAUUCUGGGGAAUGGACAUGGUCAUUCUCGCCAGCUACAAGGAACAGGGCAUCCCCCAGCAGCUGUGAGCCCCAGAGCCACCAGCAGGGAGUCCAGAAGAGCCUGUGUUAAGGAUCUUUGGGCCAAAGAAUCUGAUGUUUUCUCUUCUGGCUUUUCAUGGGUUUGGUGGGGGUUAUUUUUUUUUUCUUUUGGUGAGGGUUUGGGGAGGUAUUUUUUUUAAAAAAAACUUAUUUAUUUUGGAAAACGAGUCUGUUUUUCUCAGCAGGCACUGGGGGCUGCUUCUCUCUUUCUUGGUGAAUCUUGAGAGAGCUGAGGACAAAAGGCUUUGUGGGAAUGGAUGAGGACUCUGAGAAGCAAAGAAGGGGCUCUAACAGAAGGUCCCCAAAGGCCCUUGAGCUUUAGUAAAAGUCCAAAUCUGUGGAUUUUUUAGGCUAUUGACUAUUGUAGAAAAAAAAAGGCGAUUUCCCUUCCCUAUUGACGGCAAGGGGGCACCAGAGCUACAGAGACAGGUCAAGAAAUGUACCCACACAUUGUAAGCCUGAGUUAGGGGACCAGGGAGUCUUUAUCCUGGCUACCUCGGCAAUGCUCCAACCUCCCAAAGAAACCCAACAUGUACAUAGACUCAAAAUCCUUGAUGGUGGCCCUAGGACUUCUUUUUUGCUGGGAGCGCCUGAGCUGAGGAAGAUCUGUGACUUAUUCCAAAAUCCCACUGGUAGAGAGGUCCUCACCUGGGUCAACAGCCAGCCACAGGAGUUUAGAACAUAGUCUAAUGUUGAAAAAUGACCAGAUAGGUAUUUCUUCUUGAGUUCUGACUCCUCUCACAGUCACCAAGAGUCAGACACAACUGAAAACCAAGAGAGCUCAUAAUCUCCCUGCCCUUCACUCUCUCAGACCUCCCAGCUGCACUGCCUAGAUGAUGUUGACAUAAAAACUGUACAGUAUUGUGGUUUCAGCUUUCCCAAGCAGAAGAAUAAAGUACCUACCUUCCCUUCUUGUGGCAAUGAGUUGGCAACUCCCUCUAGUGUUAUCAUGGGCACAGUACUAAUUCAAGUGACCUGCUCCCCAGUUGCCAUCUCCACCUGGUAUUUCACAUAGGGUUUCUUUCACUUGCAGAGGAGGAUGCUUGGAGAUUCAAGAGACCCUCCCUCAGGACAUGAGGCUUAAAAAGCUUGCUUUAUGCCCUCAGCCUUAAUGGCAACAAAUGAGGAACAAACGAUCUCCUUACUGGAUACCAUUUCAUUUGGCCUUUAACUAUUCAAGAACCAGACCACGAGGCAGUGUGAAAUGGAAGGAAGGGGCACACUGAAGCAGGGACAUUCCAGUUCACCUACCCUGUCCACUAGGCCAAUUCCCUUCUCACUUUGUAAAGCAGAAUUUGGACUGCCAAGACCACGUGCUUCCUCUUCACUUUUAGAUAGAGCAAUUCAGUCCAGUCAUCACUACCACUUGGGCCUUCUUGCCUUGACUUGUCAGUAGAUGAAAAAAACCCAAAACUUUUCAUUUUUCAUUUUCAAAGACUGACCCUAGGAUAUCUCCUUUUUGUCUACUGCCCCCCCUUUAAAAUCACUUUCUUUCCCCUUACUUUUCCAAAGGUCCCUUUCUUCUUCCAAUUCAGCAAGGGGAUGAUUGAUUGAGUUGGGUUGGACUGAGCUGGACUGUGCCCAGUGGUAAUCCCUGAUGGCCUCCUCAUCAUGUAGUCUCUCUAACCUCCUGACUCCAAUCCUCAGUCUUGCUUGGACUCAACCACCUCCUUGAAUUUCUUUGUGCUGAAAUAAAUUCUACUUCAUCCAAGAAGUCAAUCUACAGUCAUUAGUUCUAUGAAGAGGAUUCUCCAAACUGAUGCUUAGAGUGGGCUGGCUGCUCUCUAGGAAGCUGAGUCAAGAAGAGAGGCCUCCCCCAUAAUAAGAUAAAACAGCUUUAGCUGAAGAAAAUAAUGGGUUGGUGCCACCCACUCCCACACUCCAGCCCACUCCCCUUCCACCUCAGUCUGCACUUGAAGAGGCAGACUGACAAUCAGGGUGGAGAGAGAGACCUCCGAUUGGGACUGGCUGCUACCACAAGCAAGAGGGGGACUGGGAAAAUUCUGCCCUUGGCCUUGGACUGGGGUACAGGCUGGGGGAUGGGGUAGGGAAGAGAUAGCAACUCUUGUAGUCUAUUUAGGAAAACUAAGAGCCUAGCAAUCCAGCAAAUAAAUAGGGUUUCUUUGAGUGACAAGUAUCAUCAGGAGCCUGAGUGGGAUGGAUUAGCACAGGUAUUCAGUGAUCCUUAGUACAAUUACCCAUUUGGCAGCCCGCAAAGACAGGCAGGUCUCUUUAUCAGGAGGAUUGCUUUUUGAGCCAGAGGAGUUAGCCCUGAAACAGAAAAAUUUCCAUGUAAUUGAUGACAAGAUGACCCAGCAGUGAUGCAGGAACAAUGAGGAUGGCUGCGACCUGAAUCUGCCACUAUGGCAUUAUUAGGGGAAUGGUACCCAGAGUUAUUCAUUACAAUCAGGCCAUCAUCCCAAUUCAUGAUCUCCAAUUGAUGGUUACAGAUAGUUAGACCAGAUGGGCUCUGAGCCAGCCAGGCAGACCAGUAGAGGGCUAGCCCAUUGUUUCUAGGAGAAUGUAUACCACUGAGUAACAGUGCCCAGCUAUAAUUAAGCCACAUUCUGAUUGGUGUCCACAGCAAAGAACAUUCAGUUGUCCAGCAAUCUGGUCAGACAUUUUAGACUAGUCCUGUUAUCAAGUCAGAAUUCAGUAGAGAAUGAGACAUACCCAUAUCUCCUGGGGCAUCUCCAGCACUUUGCACAUAGGUCAUCAGAUAAGUAAAUCUCAGAUUUAGGUACAGUAAGUUAGGCAUUGAGACCAAGGUACAGUCAUUUUUGGGAGGUUUCAAGGGGGCCCCCCCUUCACACUGGAGCAAGAAUGUAUCAGGAAAUAGAGUAGUGGCCUGCAUAAUUCUUUCUGCUUCUUUUGGGAUGGAAUCUUUAUCUCAUGUUAUUAUUCAGCAUGAACUAGUAUCACCUCCAUUUUGUAGAUGGAGAAUUAACUCACAUAGGGUCACCUAUGGAGCUAUCAGCAGAAUGGAGAACAGACACUUCAACUGUCUUCUAUGUAAUUAUGACUUUCUUUGGAGCUCCUUCAUUAAAUACCCAAAUACAAGUACUAUAGUGCUAAAUGCUGGAUAUGUGAAUAUACAGAUCAGGUCCUACAUUUCAAAGAAUUUACAACACAGAGCAAAUGACUCCUUCUCGACACUGCUAUUCCAGAGUCAUUAGUAUGACAACUCUAGGUCUAUGACCCUAUAAGGAAGCUUCUCCCACUUCUCAAGGAAGGUUGUCCCACUAUAUGGUGACUGGUGAUUUUUCAGUCUAACUCGACAGUGAAUGAUAAUUGGUACUGUUUGUCCAUCUCACUUAGACAAUAGUAAAUAAUGUAUCCCACAUCCAAGUCCUGCCUAGGCUGUCAGAGGCAGCUCUUGUCUUGAGAAAGCCAGGUAUCAGUCACACCUACAGGGGAAAAGGGAGAUAUAAUUAAAAUGGUUCCUUUCCUGCUGAUUCCCCCAACUAAGCCACACCACUGAAAAGCAGAGAGGUCAUGAGAAGAGAGAAUAGGAGAGGAGAAGAGAAUAAUGACAGCUCAGAUUUCUGUAGGACUUUAAAGAAGAAGGGUGGAAGAAGGUUUUGGAGUGAUUCUAACCCAAUUAGGGAAAUAAAAAAGGAAUGAAAUGAAUUCUCUGCCAAUAAGAAUGAGAGUGAGAUUCAACUCAUUUCUCUACCUCAUCAAGGACUUCUACUCUGCAACCAUCACUCAGUAAUUUGGUGCCAAUACUCAGUUCUUCAGUACACGAGACAGAACAUCAUUUUCUUUUCUUCUAUUAAACAAGUCCCUAAAGAUGAAUUCUUGUCCUUUAUUUGGAUGUGGAAAAUAUUGGCCUCAACUUGGGGAUGGAUGGCAACCAAUCAUCUGCAUUUUCUCCCUCUGCUUCCCAAACUGGAUGUGACAGAGCCACAGAGAGGAUGAAUUCACUAAUAACUUUUAAUGCACUUGGCAGAUGAAAAAUGCCAUGAAAUUUGAGAAUAACAAUUGGGAGGAAAAGCAACAGCAACAGCAGAAGAAAUAUCUUGAAAGCAAACAGAAUCAUUCCCCUCCCUGCCUCCCUCCCUCCACCAAUAUUACAAAAUUAAUAUUUCUGCUAGGAGAUAACAAAGGACAAAGGCACAGAAGCUUCUACCCUAGAGUGCUGAUACUCCUAGAGGUGAAGAUAUUUGUUAUCGUGUUCGAUGGCAGGGUACAGAGCAAUGAUGAAAGGAGGCAUUGAAUGCAGAGCAUCCAGUGGGAAAUUCCCCAAACUCCUGAAGUUUUCCUAGGAGGGAAAAGAUUGCUAAAACAAAAUUGGCUUCUCUGGGAGAUGGCUCAACCUUCAAUACAAAUCUAUAUAGAUAGAUAUUCCGAUGUCUAUAUAUCUACAUAUGUAGGUUUAUAUAUAGAUAAUUAUAUAUUACAUAUAGAUCUAUAGAUAACUAGCUACACAGCUAACUAGUUAUAGAUAUCGAUAUAUAGAAAAUGAUCUAUAUAUCAAUAUAUCGAUAUAUCUCCCUAUAUUGGGCCCUUUUCCCUCCAUAGAAUCUCUUUGUUUCUGGGACUUCUUGUGUAGUCAGGGUAAAUUUUGGAGGCCUCACUCUGAUUUUCUGCUCUCAAGACAUAAUGCUUUCCAUCUUUGCAGCCUUUCCCCCUCUUCUAGGGGCAUUUGGCAAGACGGAACUGUGGAAGAUGAGAAAUGAGGGCCUCCAAGUGCGGGCCCCAAUAUUUUACUUAACAUUGGCUGUUUUUAUUGUAUUAGUGAUGUUAGGGAAGAAAGCCUCUUGCAUUGUAUAAACUGCUACAGGAUGUAUAAUUUAAAUCCCCCGAGUUGGCGUCAGAGGCUUUGUUUACUGUUAUUAUUGUUAUUCCUCCUCUGAUGUUUAUUUGAAAUGCCUCCAAUACAGCUAAGGCACCACUUUAAACAGCCAGGCUUGAUACCUUGAGGGCAGUGGGAGUUGGUGGAAGAUGCAAAAAGAGAUCCCUUGCCAGCUAUCAAGUUAGGCUCAGUUCUCAGUUACUGGUUGUCUGGGGUGGCUGGUGGACUCUGGGUAGUACCAGAAGAUCAGAGAGGCCAGGACCUGAAGCUGAGCAUUUAUUGACUCUCUUCCCCACUUCCCACCUCCCAGCCAGAGGGAUUAAUCCCAUCUUGACAACCUUUAUUUAUAGUGUUUAAUAAGACAUAAUCUAUUGGGCUCCAGCUUUGCACAACUGCAAUAAAGCAAAAUCAUUUCUCUUUCCUCCCUUGAGUUGGUCCCUAGGAUUAGAGAUUAUUCCACCUAAGGAAGAACCUGACUCGGUGCACAGAAAUGAGUCUUUCUAUGGAUGCACCAGAUACAAGAUGGUACCUCCCAUCUAGGACUCUGGCAAUAAUUAGUGCCUGCUCAGACUGCAAAUCUGCAAAGGGCUCUUCUUGCUACCCUCCAUUGGACUUAUAGACACUUGGUACAAGCUCUAGAAUAGACUAACUUGGUUAAGAAACAAAGUCAGGGCCAUUACGAACCCUGAUGGAUGUUCUGAGCCAGCUAGAAGUCUCUUCUCUACUCAAUCCUACCCAUGUAGUUACAUGUUAUGAAUGCUUCUGAGGUACCAUUAUUACGAAAUUCUAGCACGUAGGCGUCACUUCCCAAAGGCUGUUGUUGCUUUUUAAACCCUUGCCUUCUGUCUUAGAAGUUAUCAGUUCCAAGGCAGAAAAGCUAGCAAGGGCUGGGCAAUUUGGGUUAAGUGACUUGCCCAUGAUCACAUAGCUGGGAAGUCUUCCAUCUACAAAAUGGAGAGGUUGAGUUAGUUUGCCUCUGAGAUGCCUUCCAGUAAAUGAACUAAUAGAAACCUCCCAGAGAGGCUCAUGUCCAACCCAGGCCAGGAAGCUUACUGGUCCCAGUCCCCUUGCUGGGGCAGGGAUGGUGACAGUGUCAAUGGCUUGGCGAUGAUGUAGGAUAGGACACACAUGGGGAUCUUGGCUCCAUCCUUUCUUCUUGCAUGGAUUACUCAUGCUGUGGCUUUUGCACUGAAUCUGAAUAUAUAUCUAGUCUUUCCUUCUCCUGGGGUAGAACAAAUGGACAGGUCCCUCUUCUCUGCCUUUUGGAAUACUAGAAGCCCAGAUACAUUGCUAUUGCUUCUUUUUAUGUGUCCUUUGCCUACUUCUUGUGACUUCCCCUCCCCACUCCAACAGGUAUCUAAACAGCACCUACCAUGUUACAGGGAGAGGAUCUGGGAAGUGGAGGCUGUCUGGUCUUGGCAACUGUUUGUUUUGUGAUGAACUAAGGCUUCUGAAUUUAAACUCAACACCAUGGCCUCCAGCCAGCUCCAAAAUAAAGGCUCAUCUGCCAUUUGCAGCAUGCUGGAUCUCUGUCCAACAUUUCCUGGAGAUGGUGGCAUCUCAUGUACCCUUUCAGAUGUGAUUUCUUCCUGUGCUUCUCUUUUCUCUUGCAACUAGACUCUGUGGGUCCUUCCUUCGGUUUCUUUGUGUUCUUGGGACACUCUUGAUCCCUUUCAAACUCCCUACUGCCCCGCCCCUCACCUAAGCUCUGCCUUCUGUAGGAUUCCUCAGUGGGUGAGCAGGUACCCACUCUAGGGUGGAGCUCUCAACAGUGGAUGGCUAUGAAGUAGAUGGACUCUUUUUUUCUGCUGCAAAGGCUAUCUUCUCUUGAAACCUUUCUCCUCCUGACAAACAUCAAGCUGAAUGGUACAAGGAAUAAGAAUCUCUAUUCUCACUAGCUCUGCAGCGGCCUAGGAACACAGAGGGAGGAGAAGCAAAAGAGGUUCUAUGGCUUCCCUACUGGUUACAACGUGCACAUUUCUGAGAGCCCCAACCAGUUUCUUCAAGAGCAAAGUCUCCCCCUCUGCAAAGGCUGGAAGACACAGGUUUUCAAUCUUUUUUGUGUCAUGGAUCCCUUUGGCAGGCUGAUGAAGCCUAUGGACCCAUUCUCAGGUUAAUGUAUUUAAAGGAAUAAAAUAAAAUACAUGGGAUCAUAGAGGAAACCAGUUAUAUUGAAAUACAGUUAUCAUAAUAUUUUUGAACACAAAUUCAAAGAUUCUAGGCUAAGAACCCCUGCCCUAGAUAGAUGGUAGUAAACAUCAAUUUCAGACUUUCUUCAUGUGCAGAAAUCCUAUACUUGGUCAACAAGCAUUUAUUAAGUGUUUUUUGUGUGCUUAUAAUGUUGUAUCCAGUGCCAAAAUGUUUUUUAAAUGCACAGGGGUGUGUGGGUGGGUAAAUGAUGUUGUAUGCAUCAUACUGUAUUUAAAUGUAUAAGUAUUUUUGUUGUGACUUAUAAUGUUUCAGUAAUGUGGCUGAUUUCACUUUGUGAAUCCCAACUUCUUUCUGUUGUACCAAUUGCUAUAUAUUUCCAUUGUCCUCAAAUGAGACUUGUUCUUUGACCCAUUGGGAUUUCCUUAUUUCUAUAGCCUGCCCCAAUGGAACCUACCAAUUCUCCUCUUCCCUCUCCUACCACAGCUUUCCCAGAAGUAUUUGCUGUAUGUCAACUACGGCCAGCUAGUGAAUUCCAAUGGAUUGCCUUGACCCCGAGUUCAAGUGGAAGAAGAAGACGACAUUCAUGUCUUAGCUCAGGGUGCAUUGGAAAAGUUGACCCUCUCCUCAGUCCCAAAUCUUGCAAACCAUAGGACUCCUAGAUGAAAAUUCAUUCUGCUUUUACCUUUACAUGGUAGAGGGGAUAAGUGCUAUAUUUGGAGUUAGGACUUGUGUCUGACAUCUGUCUCUGUCACUCGCUAGUUGUGUGACCUUAGACAAGUCAACUAAUCUCUAUGGGCCUCAGUUUCCUCAUCUGUUAGCUGAGAAGGUUGCACAGGAUAACCUCAAAGCUCCAAAUCUAUGAUCCUACAACCCUUAAUCACUUCAUGCACCCACAAGCCUGUGUGCCAGACUUCAUCCAGUGCCCAAUGCUGAGUACAGUCUAUUUGGUGGUACCACCAGGAACAAGAAGGAAAACCUUCAGGGAAGUUCUUCUUCUUGACCAGCUGCUGCCCAGGCCUCUUCACAACUCCCUCUAGGCCCAUCAUGAUCAGACCUUAGGCUCCUGGCAGCUUUCCAUUUUCUGAAGGAGUCAAUAUGCUUUAGGUUUCUGAUUCAAACAGCAAUUCCAGUAACUGCAACAGGAAAUACUUUGCAGUACAUACCCCAAAAUAUUGCAUAUAUCUCCAUGUAUGUAUAAAUACACAUACCCAUAUAUAUAGACAUAUACUAUUUAUGUUAUAUAUAUGUACAUAUAUAUACAUAUAUAUAUAUAUAUAUAUAUAUAUAUAUAUAUAAAGCAUGACAUUUCUUUGUGCAAUCCAAGUUUUUUAAGGUCUGGAAGAUGUGACUUUUGGAAACCUUUUCUUCCUUCCCCUCUUUUCUAUGUAAUAAACCUACAUGUGACCUUUCUGGAAA